AUGACAAAUUCUCAAACUACAAAUUCAAUAAAUUUAAAUAAUAGUCAAAAUCAUAAUAAUAAUAACAACAACAAUCAAAAUCAAAAUACUUCACCAUUAAACAAUCCAUCAUAUUUAACACCACCAAAUUCUUCAAAUAACUCAUUAUCUAGUUCAUUAACUUCUAAUAAUUCAAAUUCUUUAAUGUUUGGUCAACAACAACAGCAACAACAACAACAACAAAUAGGCAAUAAUUCAAAUUUAUUAUCCUCAUUAUCAACAUCAUUAAAUUCAUCAAAUUUAUCAUCAUCAACUACUUCUUCAACAACAUCAAACUCAUCAUCAUCAGCAUCUUCAACAAAUUCUUCAUAUUCAUUUCAUACACCAAGAUUAAGAUAUUAUUUAUCAAAAUCUUUUGAUAUUGAAGAUGAUUUAGAAUUUUGUCCUGAAAUUCCUGAUUCUAAUAAUAGUCCAAAUUUAAAAAAAUUUAAUCCUUAUACUGCUACUACUUUUUCUCCAAGUCACGCAGAUAUUAUUCAACAUCAACAACAACAACAACAACAAGCGCAACAACAAGCUCAACAACAACCAAAUUCAACUUCACCAAGAGUUAUAACUCCAAGAAUCAAAAAACCUUUAGAAAUUAUAAAUCCUCAUACAAAAUUAAGAAUUGGUUCACCAGCUACUACAGCAACAGGAAAUCAUAAAUAA